AUGACAACUAGUAUAGUGAGUUUAGAGGAUAUUAUAGAUGAUAUAAAAAAGGAUAUUAAAAUGGUAUUUCAAAAUGGAGUUAGAGCUGAAGAUCGGCAAGAGAUUUAUAUAAUUGGGCUUCAAUUAAUAUUAGACAGAUUAGCACGAGAGUUAGAAUUUGCGAAUAUGGCUAAAAAAUCAAGAAAUAAUAGGCAUAAAACUGCAGGACAACCGGCUUUAUCAUUGUUAUGA